CAUUUUGCUGAUCGAGAAGGCUCGCCAUGGCUGCUGCGACGUUGCUCUUGGUGCUCACGGUCGUCGCUCUCGGCUCCGGCCAUGUCGACGCUUUCGACCCUAACCCUCUCCAGGACUUCUGCGUCGCCGACCCCACGUCCAAAGUGCACGAGAACUGGGUGGCGUGCAAGGACCCGGCGGCGGUGGUGGCGGAAGACUUCCUCUUCGGCGGCCUGGACAAGCCGGGCGGCAAGACGAGCAAGCGCUUCGGGUUCACGGCGAACCAGGUGCAGAUCCCGGGCCUGAACACGCUGGGCGAGUCCCACGUCCGCCUCGACGUCGUGCCGGGGGGCGUCUUCCCGGUGCACUACCACCCGAGGGCGGCGGAGACGGCGCUGGUGCUGGAAGGCUCCGUCUACUUCGGCUUCGUCUCCUCCUACCCGGACAACAAGCUCUACGCCAAGGUGCUCCGCAAGGGCGACGUCUUCGCCGUGCCGCAGGGGCUCGUGCACUUCCUCUACAACAACGGCACCGCGCCGGCCACGCUCUACGCCUCCCUCAGCAGCCAGAACCCGGGGCUGGUGCUCCUCGGCAACUCGCUCUUCGCCGGGGCGCUCCCCGACGAUCUCGUCGCCAAGACGCUGCUCACGGACGCGCACACCGUGCAGACCAUCAAGGCAAACUUCCGGCGGCCUUGAUGGCCACCGGGCCACGCCGUGCUUUUCCCGAUCUGUAUUCUUUGUAUUUUCUGGGGGCGGGCACGGUAAUUUGCAUGGCAACCGUUGCUUUGCAAUAAACAUGAAAUAUUUGGAGCAGUAUCAA